AUGUCUGCGGAUCGUGGAAAGUCAACAGCUGCAGCUACUAGGAAGCAGAAAGUCAUUUGGUCGCCAAACGCGGAAGCAAAACUGAUAGAGCUGUGGGCUGAUGUACUUGGCAAAUAUGACGGCAAAAUGAUGACAAAAAAAUCCAAGGAGAAGAUUGUCACCCAGCAGCUGAAUGAUUACUGCGAUCAAGUCAGUCUUCAACAUUUCUCGGAGUCGGAGGUGCGCAAUAGAAUAGACAGCAUUGUCAAGAAAGCGAAAGGGAUCUAUGCGCAGUAUCGUCUUCCAAAAGAAACGGGGCGUGAAACAGAUGAUGCCGAUAUUGCGCUUGAUGAGGAAGCUGCCAAAUUAGCAUGGCCUAACUUUGCUGUUUUUAUUGCUCACUUUCGAAACCAUCCCUCACUGGGACCUGGCUCUGUUGACGACGCUUCUUUGCUACCUAAUCUACCGCUAUCUCAGCGUACUGAAGAGGACUUGUUUGUAACCACAGGUGUUGUGGCAGAGGAAGCCCAACACCCACUUCCCACACGUUCCAGACCAACUACACCUAGUUCACGUACAUCAACUCCCGUACAGCCACCACUAGAGUCUUCGAGCGAUAAUGACGCUGAAGAGGAAGCAGCACCAAAGGCAAAGAAGAAAAGGAAGGCUCCCAAGGCCCCAAGAGUUGGUACUGCGGGGUCUCAGCUAGCAUUCAUUCAGGCCAUGACAGAAAUGCAAGAAUCUAGCCAAAGGCGACAGUUUGAGCAUGACCAGGCUAUGCAACUGCAACUGCAGCAGUUUGAAGAAAGGAGAGAGAGAGAGAGAGAGAGGCAGCAGCACGACAGAGAAAUUCACCUGAAUGAAGAGGAAAUGAGAAAAAAGAUGUCUCAGGAGAGUCAAAUCUUUCAAACUCAGCUUAUGCAGCAACAGCAAGCAUUUCAGGCUGAGCUCUUUAAACGCCUCUUUUCUGAUAAGCAAUAGUUAUAAUUGAAAAUGUCUAACUUGUUGCAUGUCUUUUACAUUUACUCAAUGUCUAUGUGUAUAAUUUAAAAUAUUCUUGAAAUAACAACAAUCUGUAGUAAUUUAAAAUAUCUGUAGUAAGGCUAGACUUGAGAAA